ACGGCGCCGCCGGCCGUGUAACGCGUAGGGCCGGGGCCUGCCCGGGCGGGGGCCUCUGCGCCCAUCUGCCCGUCUGUCCGUUAGUCAGUCAGUCAGUCCGUCCGUCCGUCCACCUUUCCGUGGCCGGGCUCGGUGCAUGUAAGCUUCGUCUCAACAGGCACUGCUGUCUUUACCUCGGCACUGGGAAAGCUGCCAGUGCUCCUCAGUUUUAGAUUACAAUGGAUAUUACAAGGGGGAGCUUGGAUAAAAUUUCAAGGCCUGCAUCUAGCUCAAGAGCUUACGCUAAUUGUAGAUCUUUAAGUGCAUCUAUGGAGUUAUUAACACCAGAGCCAUGUUUGCCAAAGGUUGAUUCACCUGUCAGUCUGGGUGGUAGUCAUCAAAGAAAUUUAGAAGACUGCUCUCCAGAAAAAAACAAAGGGGAUGGCAGAAGGCAAUCUGAUACUAAGGAAGUAAGAACAGAUCAGCAAACCUCAGUGGAGAGUGUGUCCUUCUUUUUUCAGAAGCGUGUGCUGAAUCCCAAUGAGUCAGGAUGUGUCUCUAAUUCAGAUUCUGGAGAUGAUAGCGCUGAAACACAGACUUCAAAAUUCUGUGAACCUUCCCAAGAAAAAAUAACAAACUCUUCCAAGUUAGAAGAUUCUGAAGAGACAGAAGGAGAUCCUCAGAUUCAAGCAGCCAUAAGGAAAAUGAAAAAGCUUGAUGCAAUACUGGCAAAAAAACGUUUUAAGGAAAGCACAAUUAAAAAACAUGGCAAAGAAAUGAGAACAAAGCUCUGGGAAGAACUUCAGUCUGACAAUACCACUGGAAGCCAUGAAGAGAUAGAAAACACAAAACUUUUCUUAACUUUGAUCUCAUCGUGGCAGGAUACAGCUGAUCCCUUCCAUGUUAAAGAAGAUGAAAUAUGUACUUCGGUAUUUCACACACAAAUUAAUCCAGAAGAUUAUGACUGCCAUAAAAUCCAACAUAAUAAAGAUUAUCCAAGUGAAAUAGAAACAAAUGAAUUUCAUCAAGCAGAAAAAGCACAGAAUAAAAGUAAAAACAAUCAGGAUUUCAUUAAAAAGAAUGUUGAGCUAGCAAAGGAUUCAGGAAAACAGAUAGCUAUGCUUGAAGGAGAAAGGAAAAGGUUAAGCGAACUAUUGAAAGAUACAGAAGAUGGAAGUGAAUUGCAAGAUCUAGAGGAUGAUGAAUCUGUCUGGCUAGCACCAGGAGAAGGGUACACACCUGAACCGAUGGAAUUUCACCACCUAAAUGAGAUAGACAUUAAGCUUCAAAUACUACUAUCUGAUGGGGAUUUUUCUGCAAUUUCGAGCUCUUACUCCAAAUCUCCAAGCCAGAUUUAUCAGGAGUCUCUAGUUUAUGCAAACAGAAGCCUAGAAGCAGUUCCAGGUGAGAAGGUUCUGCGAGACAAUAAGGAACAUCGUGAUCAACAAAACCGUCUGAAAGAGAUAGAUCAUCAACUGAAAUCCCUACAGAGAAAUUUUACUGAAGAGAAAACGGGCCUCUCUGAAGAGCAGCUUAAGACCCUUCUGGAAGAAUGUAUGCAGCCUCAGAGAACAAUAAGCAACGUUACCAUGCCAAAGUCUCAGGAAUCUCUUUCUUGUGGAUUAAGUCCCCCUUGUUACACAAGUCAAGACUCCACUCUUCACUCUACAUCUACUCUUUCCAAAAUGUUAGUUGAAGACCAUAUUGUAGGGACAUUAACAGCUCAGGAAAAGGCUGGACUUGAAGACAAAAGCUUGUGUGUUAAUGCAGAGAGUGAAAUCCCUGGCUACUAUAUGAGCAAAGCAUUGGCUGAUAGUCACUUAUCAAAGGAUUCACUGGCCCAAACAGAGGAACCUGAUGACCUAGAAGGUUUACAGAAGAUGAGAGAUAAGAGUAUUAAAGAAGGUUACUUUAUGUCAAGAGCACUCAACACAAAAAGGUUGAAGAAACCCUCUUUCUUGGGUGAACCAUUAUACUGCAUCAGCGUGAACAAUGAGCCAUCCACAGAGGCUGACAUUCUCAGCAUACCACUGCAAACCAAAGGAGGUGAGACCCUUAACAACCCUUCAGAAUAGGCUUUUGAUUAUGAUGAAAAAAACAAGCAGGUUCUCACCAGAGGUAUGCACCAAUACACACUGACUAUUAUGGUAGGGCAAGGAUGUACUUUUAUAAAACAUAAAAAACUAUGCCAAAAAUAAUAGACAGAAAGUAACAAUGUUUAUCAGCAUUUUUCUCCUGACAUAAUUAGCUGUAAGACUAGAACUCCUAUGAAAUAUAAUAAUGAUGGUGAUUAAUUCUGUCAACUGGGAAACAGUGUUGACUACAUAUAUGGAUUAUCUUUCUGGUAGUAGAAAGUCAUGUUCACUGUUCUAUGGAGAGCAAUUAUUCUCCCUGUUUUUAAUAAGGUAAAUUCUGUAGCAUAGAAACAAGCAAGACUUGGCUAUAUUAAAAAUAAUAAAUUCUGUGGAGAGAAUUCAAUCUUCUGCACAGAAAAUAUCAAUAUGAGUAAAUACUGUGUAAUUUCUAUAAACUACUUUUAAUUCAGUAAAGAAAGAAUAAGACUUGCACUAGGAAGAAAAAAUAAAUUGACCCUGUCUGUUGUUAUAAGAAGAUUUUGGAUACAUCUCUACUUUUAUUUCCUUUGCUUAAAUGCAUUUAUAUACUGAUAUUGUAAUCUAAAUCUACAUUUAGAUUUUAGCCUAAGACCAUUUAUCUUUCUGGAAAACAAACUGUUCAAAUAAGCCAGAUUUAAGGCAGGUACAUCACAUCUAUAUCUUUCAUUUCUUCCAUAAAAAUUAUGAUAGUAUGAAGUUGUUUCUGAUUAAAGUGCUACAGUUUAAUUGUAUUUUAAAUUAAUAAAUUUUGUUAGGUUUGUUAGGAUACAUCCUUGUUAUAGUGGUAACCUCUUCUAAAAUUUGGGAAAAAUUUCUUCGUAUUCAUUGGUAAUUUAGAAGAACAUCUUAAUGCCUCUUAUCUAUGUUAUCAUUGCUUAAUUAUGAUCACAAAUGUUUCUUUAACUGUUUGUACUUAACCUUUCUACAGUGAAGGGAAUGAUAAUACCUUUUUUUUUUUUUUGAGUGAGUCCACCUUUCAGGAAGCAAGGAGACUUGUUAUUACUGUUUUUACACUGCCAGACGAACUUAGUUUCCUGACUCACCUGCUAUAUUUCUCCAUUAUUUGCCCAUAAUGAGAUUUAGGCCAUAACUACAACAGAAAGAAAGUAGAAUUACAGUACUUACAGAAAAGCAGUUUUGGGGGAUAGGUCACUUUUCAGCUAACUUCACAUGCUAGCCUUGCUCCUCAUGCAGAUGCAAGUGUCCAGAGGAGAGGCAGGUGGUGGUGGUGGAGAACACCACAGAGAGCCACCUGUGCCAAGGACAGCUUGAUUUGAUGCAGGAUUAAAGUGGCUACAUACUACAUCAUCGGUCUUCCUUCUUGAGGAAUCAACAGUGAGAAAAACUUGAGCUUAACCUGCUGUUUUAACAUGAAUUAAAGUUCUCCUUCAUUUAGUCUGAAUAGAUGUAGUACAGUCAGAGCUUCCUCUACUGUCUCCCUUCAUUAGUGUAUUUUAAGAAGGGGUAUGUUAAUUCAAGCAAAAUGCCAUGCACUUUAGCCACUGUGUAGUGAAGUGAGCAGGUCACCACUUAAGCCUGUUGCUAUAGACGUAGUCAAUAUGAAGUAAUUUUACUGUAGAAGAGAGAAAGGAGAUUUCAGCAAAACACACUGCUAUUAAGUAAUUUUCUGUAUGGAACAUCUCAUGGUGAAAUUUUAAGUCUUUAAAGUGACUUUACGUUUUAUGUUUACCACAUAAAAAUUUAAACAUAUUUGAGUCAUAAUCAUACCUUGUACCAGAGCACUGCAAUGUGCUAUUUUGAUCAUCUCUUUCUGUAGUGACUGGGUAAUGUUCAACCAUAUAGGCCUCAAAUCUGUAUGGCCAAUACACACCCUGAUUUUAUAGUCAUUUUUCUUACCUAAUAUUUUUUUUGAAAAAAAAAGUGUUCAGAAUUUUCCGAAUUUUCCAAAUCUUUUCAUUUUUACUGAAGACUUAAAAACAAAACUAAGGGAAAUUCUUGAUAGAUUUUGUUACCUCAACGUGUUUUGAGUCAUUGUGUCAGUCUGAUUUUUAAAAAUGGUAAUCUUUGGGCAGAACAAAAGUAAGCACAAAAUAAAACCCACUCCACGGCUUUGUAAUUGUUAUUACUGCCAAAUAUUUUGCAGUUAUCCAUAAGUUUAAAUUAUAUUCAGAUUUAUUAUAUUCAGCUAAUAUUCACUUUAACCCUAAAAACAUAUUUCCAAAAUUAACAUUGAAAUAGACAGCAGUGCAUUCUUAUUAUUUUUCUUACUUUUUUUAAGAAAAUGUGCAGCAUAAAAACAAACAAACAAAAAAACCCUGAUGCCUUUCCACAGAAUUAAUUUGUUUCCAGUAAAGGUGACUCAGCUCUGUCUUAAACAAUUACUCCUGGCCAUAAGAGAGAAGUUGUGACGUUUAUCAAAUUUGUAAAGUUGCCUAAUGUAUUUUAUAAGUAAAUCUGUUAUUAGUUCAGACAGGAUUACAUCUACUGAUUGUGUUGAUGAAUGGAGAUCCCAGUGGAGUCCAGUUUAAGGCAAAGACAUCUGCAGAUGAAAUUAUGAGAACUGUCAGGUUUAUUUGUGCUUUUAAGAGAGAUUUACAUAGUUGAGCUUUGUUGUGAUCUUAGUUCUAAAGGACGUUUAAAAAUAUAAGCAUAAUCUUCUGUAAAUAGUUUGGUUAUCUGGCAUGCUAUGCCUGGUUUAAACUCUGUGUAAAGCUGUGUAAGCAAACAAAAUUGUGUAAAACUGGUUUAGCACAAUUUCAGUUUCACCAUCCCUAUAAUAGUGUAGUCAGUGAUACAGAUUUACUGUAAUAUAUUAAAGUAUGUAUAUUUAAGGAAGACAUAAUUAUUAAUGUUGUUUUAUAUAUAUACAUUUAUGUAUAUAUAUGUAUGUUUGCAUAUGUCCAAAGGAAACUCGUAUGUGCCUUCAGAAAUUAGUAAUUCCUGUUUCUUGGAACAGACAGUAAUUUGCAUCAGGGUCAUACACAUGUGAAUACAGGUGAUGUUUGCUGGGAUAAACAGAAGCCAGACUUACCUACAUACAGAUAUGAAAAAGUUGUUAUUCCUCUUUUGUAUGAGCCGAUCAGUAAUUGUUUCCAGCUCUUUUUUUGUUUGUUUGUUUUUGGCUAUAUGAAGUUUUAAGUAGAUGUUGUAUCACAAGCUUGUUGCUUCUUCCUCUUAUGAAUAAUGUUGUGCUUUCAGCAGUUCAGCAUAUGAUUCUUUCUUUUUUACAGAUGAUACGAAGACCGGAAAUUGAGGGGACAGUGAUCACGUGCUUCUUUACACAACUGUUUUUCUAAAAGCGUCAUUAAACUUCCAUCAGUGAUGUUAUACUGAUACAGUAUCAUUUCAGACACUCUGAAGGGAAUGAAUUGUCAUCACUGAAAACUUUUCGAUGACAUCAUGUAUUCUUAAGAGAAAAUUAUUAUCCUAUACUGUUGCAGUUUGAUUUCAAAAUAUAAACUCUUGCACUUCAUUAAAAUUCCUGAGAGUGCUCCAUCUAAUAAAUAAAUAUAUAUUUGUGUAUCUGGCCGUCUGAUAAUGUAAAGUAAAACUUGUGAAGUUCCAUUUCUACUGAUGAGACUUUUUCAGAGGAGAUUUGAAAUUUGUAUAAUAAUAGUUUCUUUUUUCCUUUACAUACAAUGUACUGUUUUUUGGAAGUGAGCUUAAACGUGACCUCAGUUCCUCCAGUGCAGUUUGCUGUACUGGCUCAGACUGCUGAGCCCUGACUUAGUGAAGGACCCAUCACCUACUCAAUUUUCUGCCCAGUGGCUGUCUGCUGGGCUGCUGCCUUGGCUGAAGGGAGAGACUUGCACAGGUCCUCUGCUGGAUCAGGGCAUCAGAACCAGCCUGCUCAGCUGCGUCUGUUUCUUGGUCCUGCAGAGUGUAACCAUAUGGCAAACAAGCAUAUCCCCAAGUGAAGAAAUGCAAUGAAGUUAGGAAAGCUCGUGGUCCCUUGUGGAGGCUUGGUGUCAAGAAAAGUGAAGGAGUUCAGAAGUUUGGCCCAGCAGUGCCUGGAAUGUGAAACCUUACAGCAAUGGCUAGCUGGGGGGACGGCAAUGCAGCUGGUUCGUGUUUGGGAUAAUAAUAAAAAUCCAUUGCAGGCUUUUGCUUGUCUACUCCUUAACUACUAUUUCUCCUGAAUUUUAUACUUACUUACUGUGAGCUGGCGGUUAGUUUCUCCUUGUAUGCACUGCAGUGUUAGGAUAAGAAGGCAUUAUUAAUGGCUCUCUUUUAAAGGUAUUUGGGGGGUGGAAGGAGGGAGAGGAGAUAUUGUAGCAUUUUCCCAUUGAUGAGAUCUCAUUUGACACAAGCUGAAAUGCAAAAUUCUCUCUGAGAUGCUGUAUUAGCCAAUUAACAGUCAGCAAGAACAGAUUUAUGAAUACAACAAACUAUGCAAUGGCUGCACUAUGGCAUACUUCAGUUAAUCUGAACGUUUAAAUUAAUGCACAUAUUACUCAAGAUUUUAAACUCAUUUGCAGUGUUGCAAAUCUGAGUGGAUGUGCACUCCUGAGGAAGUGGUGAUCAUGUGGAUAUAACAGAGUUCAGAAUCUAACCUACUUUAAUUAAAAAUGUCAUUUACAUUCUGACAACCAAGUGCUAUCUAUUAUUUUAUUGUCUAAUAUUUUUACUUGUUUUGCAGCAAUAAUAACAGGCCCAUGGAUACUGAGCAUUCUGCACAGUCCUGCUGCUCAGCAUGGAAGGAUUGUUGUAAGCAGAUUUCAUGGAGCUUUGCAAAUCUACUUAACUAAAACUAUUUAUCUUCCUUAAAAACUACAAGCCUUUGUCAAAAUUUCUUUUCUAUACCAUAAAUACAAUCAAAGCAAUACUGACAAGCUUUUUUUGAUAGUAUUUUUUGUGCCUGUAUAAUAUUCAUAAAGGGCUGUACAGGGCCAUAAUCUUACCACAAUCCAAUGUAUUUUCACAUGGAAUUCAUGCUUUAUAGAGUCCUUAAAAAUCUUGUUAAAGACCUAGGAUAGUUUUGAGGAAAACUAAGUCCUGUUUCAAGUUUAAAUGUAGAAUAUCCACAAUAUAUAAGAGAAAUAAUUCAUUCUUGCUUUUCUGGUGUAUUGUGUUGUCUUAAAUAUCUUACUGUUAUGAAAAAACUUUUCCUCAGCACCCUCAAGGAAGAACCUCAUCUCUUUAAUAUUCCUGAAGCCAUGAAUACAAAUUUUUAUUCUCAUCUGGCAUUUCAGGGAUGCUUAGCACGUAAGUUUGAAUAAAUAUUGAUUUGUAUAUUCCAACAGGAACUCUAUUAUUUCACUUCAGGUCUUGGGUAAUGCUGAGCACCCCCACCAGCUAUGGUCACUGCAGACUGCAGGGAUCUAGCACUUAAAGUGCUAUUAAAAAGGUGCUUAGGAUGGGUACCCAAACACAAAUUGUGCCAGAAAUUGCUGACAUAACAUUUACCUGUGCUUGGUUUCUAUUGCGUUACAUUAAAUAGCAAGUUCUUUGGGAAGAUUUUGUUUCUUAAUUAAUGUUACAGGUGAAAUAUCAACUAAAGUCUUUCUUUUUUUUUUUUUAGUUUAAGUAAAUCUGCAUGAAGUAAAAUUAUUUGGCAAUACGUGUUUACUGAUAAGAAGUAUAGAAUAAUGGAGAUAAAAUACAGUGACAAGGUCAUUUGCCAAAACAUCACCAAUAUCAGGGUAAAGGGAAAGUUGAGCCAGAAUUCAUUUUUUUUUUUUUUUUUUAGUGCCUCUCAGCUGUGCCCUGCAAUAACCCCUUCUCCUGUCUCCCCCCCUAAUCAGGCAGCCAGCUGCACUAGAAUGUGGUGGCUGCUUGUCUUUGGGGAGUGAUGCAGCAGUGAUGAUUAACUGAUUCAAAUGAAUUUUUAUUUGCAGCCUAACUCAGUAUUUGGAAACAGGUUUUACAAAAUAAAUAGCUUCGUUGAUCAUAAGUUGCAUUUUGUAAGAGAUUCCUAGCUUCUUUUUAGUCUUUCAUAGUUCUGUUCGUCCUGAAACACAGCAGAGCGCAGGGGACUGAUUUUUAAAGUUAUCCUUCAGACUUUUGGGCUUUGAGUUUCGUUUUGUAAUGAGGAAUAAGAAGUUUUGUGUGCGCAUAGAUAGGUUUGUAUUGUUUUGUGCUCCUUAUCUCAUUUCCCAUUACAUUUUUACAGCACAAGGUAAAUACAUCUAUUUCAAAAAUGUAAUAUUUGUGUAAGCAAAAUACCCAUGAAGAGAUUAUUUUGGCGUGCUUGUAUUGAUUUGUUGAGCAAUAUAAGACCAAACUAUUCUGCCAGUGUUGCUGAUGCUCCUCACGAAUAAACAGAUAGUGCUGGUGGUUGUGGUGGCCAGCGCUCAGCUGUUGAUACUGAUUUACUCUAGUGUGUAUGUUUCAAUUCUGCAUGGUUUGCACUUGUAAAUAACAAACUCCAAAGAGGAGGAUAAGGGUGGUUCAUCUUCAUGACUCAUACAUAUAUAAUAUGUAUUAGAAAUACAUCUAUUUGGGUAGGAUGAUUUAAAGAAUAAUGGUGUUGAUUUCAGUAUACUGUAAUGAUAGAAAAAGGUCAGCGCAGAUCUGCAGUUGUUAUGCAGAUUUAUAGCAGUUGAGGGUCUCUUCUAUUUUCAGAGAAGUGACGGACUAAAUUUCCUGAUAUAAAAAAAGAAAUUGUUGACUAUAGACAACAGUGAUAAAAGGAGUGAAGUUAUGGUUAACAUUCUUGUAUGUCCAGAAUUCCAGUUUGAUUUAAAGCAAUUCUAUCAAGGGGUGAAAAGACUUUCAGCUCAGCUCCAUCAUUUAAAGAAAAAAAGCCCCACAGGAAUUCUCGAUCAAAUGUUUUUCCCAAGGCAGACAAUGGCUACCUAUCUUGUGGAUCUCUAGAGGGUGUUCUCCAUCUCAUUUCCCAGGCAGAGCACCUGUAGAGUUGGUAACCGACUGUUCUGAGCACAGAGUAAAAACAGGCUGUGCAAAAACUACCUGCUGCAUAGAUGGGAGGAAAGGGAUGCUCUUACAGGUAUUGCUUAAACAUCUCAUCAGCUAGCAAGAAGUAGAAUAGAAGUGCUGAAAAGGGUGUGCUUUUUUUACCUCCUAAUCAGGAAAGGAUAGGUGAAAGGCUGUUAUUUUCAGCUCAAUCUCUGAAAUUUCAAGAAUUACAAGAAUUAUAAUUUCUAUUAUAUAUAUAAAAACCCAACUUUUUCUAGAAAAAAAAAUCAAGAAAAUAAUGUGAGAAUGGACUUCUUUUUGUUUCUUUUCUUAGACAGACUUUCUAACCACAACUUUAGAUAAGGUCUCCCUCUUUUGCCUUUUUUUUUUUUUUUGGUUGCAAAAUCUGUUACAGUUACAAUGCCAUGAGUGCUUUUCCACCCCAUUUACAAAUAAAGAGCCCCACCUCAGAGAAUCUUACUUUUUGAAGGGUAGACGCAGAAGGCAAGGUGGUUUGGCAGAUGCAUGGGAAGUUGUUAAGUUAGAAAAGUUUUUGAAAUCUAGGAAAAAUAAGAACUGUGAAUUUAUUUCUUUUUCAAAAUUUUAAGACAUUUAAUUAUUGAGAAAUAAUUGCUCUUUUAUUUGUAGCUAGAUUUAAAGGUCAGGAAAACUGUUUCCUUUAUAAAUAGAAUAGGAUUGCUUGAAUACUACUAAACCUAUAACCUACAGUUAUCCAAUUAUAUGUUUCAUUGAGGGAUUGGCUGGAAUCCAGGUGCAGUAUUUAGAAUAAAAGGCUCCCUGUCAUUUAAGUCUAUGUGAAAUAGUUCACUGCUUGCAAUUGAAUCUGCAGUACCUUAUCUAUUAUGCCUAAGAAAAUCCACCACCAACAAACUGGAAUGCUUGCAAGCGCCUAUUAAUUUCUAGAGUGCUAAAGUACAUGAGUAAUUUUGAUUAACAGACAUGUAUUCUGGAUUUAGAACUUUUUUCUCCUGUACUUAACAAUUUGCUGUCUUCUUGUGGAAAUACCAUUCUAUGCCAUUAUUUUCCUAUUGUUUGCUUUGUGUAUUUGGUAUGCAUAGUUUUGGUGGGAAGGGUACUGCCAGAGGCAUUCUACCCUAAUUUUACAAUAACACUCAAAUGGUCUCUCCAUGCACCUUCUGUGAGUGGAGUCAUCAAGGCAGACUGACACAGUAUCUAAGCAGCUCUCAGUUUAGCUCUUGUAUGUGUUGCUUAGGCAGGCAGUUCUUGAAUUUGGAAGCAGUUGAAAAAUUAAAGACAAAUGAUGGCUGGGCUUUGUAUAAAUGUUUCUCCGUGAUACUUAUCUAAUUUUCUGGAUUUCCUCUGGAAGGUUUUAUAUAUUUAAGACCUUUGCUUGCUGAACACUUUUCUCUAAUCAGUUCUCUUCGUCUCUUCAUAACUCUGCUUAAAUAUUCAUAGAAAUUUGUGCACCUGUUCUUUCUUUCUUGGAAGAGGUGAGGAAAAAGUGCUAGAUAUCACCUUGCGGAUGUGUUAAGAUGCUCUCUUCUAGAAUCUCAUCAAUCCUUUCCAAAAUGAAUUUAUGUUUAAAAUCAACCAAUUCCCAUAUUACAGCCUUCAUUGCAAAAUCAAAAUGUUCUUUGUCAGUUGUUUCUUUGGGCAAGUACAGGCCCACCUUACCUUGUCUGUAGAUCUGUUUCCUGAUUUAUUCACACUCUCCAAGCAACAAGUGGGUAGACUUAACCCAUGGAUUAACACAAGACAUAUGGUGUGACUUUUUUAUUUUUAGGCAUAUAUUGUUCCCAGUUCAGAUAGUACAGAUUUAUACUACAUAAAUGCAUGUAAUAAAUCAGUGUGAAAUUUUGGCUUGGGCUCAGACAAGGUCAUUGGGAUUGCCUGCCAAGAGUUGCUUCCCCCACAACAGCAUCAGCUGGGAACUGCGUACAUUGCUGCAAAUUCAUGGGUAGCAUUUCUCUCUUCUUUUGGGCAGAUGCUGCUCUUUGGUGUAUCACACCUGUUUUGUUUGUUUGUUUGUUUUGUUUUGUUUUGUUUCAUUUCCAACGCAUUAUGGAUUCUCUUUUUAAAAUUUUUGAUUAUAUUGACUUACAUCCUUAUAUGUCUGUUCAUAGAACUGAUUGGCUUUCUAAAUCCAGACUGUUUUUUAUUUCCUGCAAGUACAGUGAAGAGAUUCUCCAGGUGGGAACUUUGUUUUUUAUAGUUCUCUCACCUGGUGCACCUGGGAGGCAGAGCAUUUGAGCAUGGCAGGCCUGGGUUAGAUCAGACGGGUUACGCUGACACUGCAGUUGCACAAGAAGCUACCCGUUCUCACUUCAGAGGAGCAAAGCAGACAGUCCUGUCACUGUUGAGAGCGGAAGUUCAUCAGCCAGUCAUAUUUUGGAAGCAUCAGGUCAGUAGUUUGUUGGUUAUUUUUCUCCUUGUUAUCAGUGGGAUAGAAUAAGACGUACAAAACUGUUCUCAAUAGGUCAGUGACAAAAAUAGGGAAAAACUCGUAGACCCAGACUCUUCAUUCUCACUAUUGCAGUAAUUGUGAUAUUUUUGCUCCAGUGACUAAAGGGUCACUGCCCUGUCAGCCCUGUUACAUCCUGUGAAAUAGACAGUUGGCAGCAUGGGCUGAAUUGCUAGUUUUGCUAGAAUUUUUUUUUUUGCUAGAAUUGAAUUUGUAGUAAAGACGCUGUCUUUCCUUUGGGUUAAUAUUGGGCCAGUUCUCCCCAACUUUUUAAACACAGGGCUUUUCUAUGUUCUAUGCCUCUGCUUGAGUAACUGCAACAGCCAAAACAUUAUUGUGUGUGCGCAGACACAUUUGGCCAGCUGACGCUGCUGAGAGCAUGGAGUCGCUCAGGUUUUUCUGCUUGUCACGUCUUGUGAACAAGCCAAAGGAAAGGAGGAUGGUGGUUCUACACUAAAAUGGUGCUAGGUGGGAAGUGCUAGUUUCUUACAUGCUCUAGGAUAUGUGAAGCUGAGUUGAUGCAAUGAUGCUCAUGGGCCAGGCAUUCAGGAACUUGUGCUGCUACCAGAGCAUUAUCAGGUCUCCAUAAUUUCAUUUGCCUUCUCACGUUGCACAUCUGAGGCGUUGGAGUGCUUUCAACAGCCUUCCUGUGCUACACUGUGAAGCUAUGAAGAACUUUAGCGUGUGCAUAUCCAUGGUUUUGAAGAUGAAGAGGGAGUGCCAGCUGUAGUGUGCUAUACAAAGCACUAAAUACUCUAGGAAAGGAAAAACACCAGUAAGUAAAAGUUAAGUCUCAUUUCAGUCCCUGAGCAGCUAUAUGAGGGCAAGAUUGAAAGGAAAAAAAAUGCGUUUAAACAAAUCAAGUCUAGGUCCAUGCAGAAUUUGCCUUAGGAAACUAUGUUAAGAAUAAUUUUGUGCAUCUGCAAGACCCACUUAUGUGGAUAUCUAGCACUUGGAAUAUGGUAGCUGGCUUUGCUAAAGAGCUCAUGAGACAAACUGCUGCUGCACGUAAAGACUGAAUAGCUGCUCUUACCCCUUGUUUAAGCGCUUUGUUCCAGCAGUUGGUACAGUGCCACAUCAUAGGCAUUUUGAUUACACUAGCAGUCUCAGUCCAGAAGAGAUAUGGACAGAUAUCCAUCUGCCUCUGUAGCUAUUUAUUCUGCUACCUCUUUUCAUGUGAGAGAAAGAAAGAUGAGGUAGGCUUGGCUGGGAAUGAUUAAGAUCCCUCAGAGAUUUGUUUUCCAUUGUGGCUUUAUGAAGGGGACUGUGGCUGUGUCUACUUAGACGAGCCCACAACGCUGCCUUUAGCAACUGUCCAUGACAGUUAACUGCAAAAGAGCUAAGCCUUCAGCUGUUGAGCCUUGAGGUGUUCAAGCUAUUAUAGCUGGGGUGAAAACUCAUCUAUGUCCUGUUCAGUCAUAAUGUAAAGAUUGUAGAGAUGUCUUGCUUUGAAGGCUAACUUGACAUGAAUAAGAAAGCUAUGUAUUAUAUAUCAGUGGCCCACAAGUAUUAUGGAACAGGAGUAACACUAGAUGACAGAGUUAUAAAUAUAAAUGUCCAUGGUGGUUUAUUGUUCUUCGUACGUAAGAAGCUUUAUUGUACAACUUACACAACUUGAAAAUGGUUAAAAACGUUUACAAAAAAAGCAUGUUCUUAGAAAAUUAUGCUAGCAAAAACAUUGGGAGGGAAGCAAAAAAUCUUCAGUGUGCAAACAUUUUAUAAAAAUAGAAAUACUAACUCUACAGGUAGCAUUUCACGAUAAAUUAUUUAAAUAGCAUAUCUACACAAUUAUGUGAUUAACUGUUACAAUGGCAAUGAGAAAAAUAAUUUAUAAAAAUACAAGCAAUGGUAUACAAGAUGACAGAAAAAUAUAACAUUAGAAAUUGUAUUUGGCAUGUUUUUCCAAUGCCAUUUCCUUACUGGGAAUACACUUUUCUGCAAAAGAAAUUUUUGACUAUGUACAGCAUUAACUCUUUAGUACUACAGUAGCUUUAAAGUUUGUUAGACAUUUGAACGCUGCUUAAUCCAAAGGUUUUUCUCAGUCACACAAUAAUGAGGUAAUAUUUGUAUGUAAAACUUUCACUGUAUUCAUUUCUUUUCCUUU